AAAUAUUGAAGAAAUAGGUAAAGGUGGUUUUUCUGUAGUGUAUAAAACAUCAUAUGAAACGUCCUUUGGAGUGGAUGAAGAAGUUGCAAUCAAGAUAAUAAAAGAUUCGCAUAAAAAUAAACAACAUUUUUUAAAUGAGGUAAUUUAUUUUUACGUGUAA